CAUAGCCCGCCGUCCCGUUCAUGGCAUAUGGCGCGCGGCCCACCGCCCAUUCUCGCAUUGGCCCUCCAUCCGCCGACGCAACUAGGCCGAGAUGCCACAGUGGAUGUCCGCCACCAACCUCCUGAGCGCCUAUCCUCCUCAAGAAGAGCCAUGAAGGGCUACCGUCAUCCGCCGGAGCUAGCGGAGCCUUGCAGAUGGGCCACUUUUAGGCGGUCUAGCAGAAGUAAAACUGGUACUGUUGCUGUAGUUUAUGUAGGCAUGGAUUGCGGAUUGCAAAGGAUCCGCGGUUGCUCUGACUGGAAAAAUGCUCUGAUCGGCGGUGUUGUGAGCGGCGCUCUGAUCUGCACGGCGAGCAAUAACCACCGGGACAAGAUCGUCAAGGACGCCAUCACCAGAGGCGCCAUCAGCGGUCGAAUUCAUCAACUACCUCACCUACCUAUGUAACAGUUGUUCGUUCGCGGCAGUGUUUCUAUCUGUAUUACUAUCAGACAACAAGAAAUAAGGACUUCUUGAUUGAAGGAAAGCCAUCCGUGUGGUCGGUCAGGGUAAUCAAUAAAUUCUGCUGCUGCUGUUGUGUUGUGUACAUGUUCUAGGGUAAUCGAUCUCAAUUUUUGUCAUGCUCAGAUUCUUAAAUCUCCUGAUAAAGCAUAGGUUUCCCUGCUUUUGGAAAUUUUUGGGUGAGCUUAUUGUGUACAUGAUCUACCUUUAUGUUUGGUUGAUCGAGUUGCUAACUUACAAACAUGUUGGUCUAA